GAUAAGUCAAGAAAAUAUCGAAUGUCCAUAAUUCUUUACUUCCGGUUAUCAAACCUGUGGGCGAUUUGUAACGGGGUGACACCUGUGUACAAUAUACACAUACGGUCACGUUAUUAUGACUUUACCAUGCAGAUGGAUGGCUCUGCGGUUCUCAAGAUCAUCAUUGAUCUCUCUUGUUUGGCAGCAGUGUCAGUGCCAAUCCUGAUAUUAAAACUUGUUGUGGAGCCGUUCCAUCGUGGAUUCUACUGUGAUGAUGAGAGUCUCAUGCACCCACACAAACCUGACACCAUUCCAACCUGGGCAGCCUCCCUCGCUGCCUUCGGUAUCCCGAUCAUCUGUAUGACAAUAACUGAAGGCCUGCGUAUAUCUGUGUUUAAAAGGAGCUGCCAUUGUGGGGCACUACAGAAACGUUACAUUGAGGUCCUUUAUAAAUGUCUUGGUGCAUUUUUAUUCGGAGCAGCAGUGACCCAAUUGACCACAGACAUUGCUAAAUAUAGCCUCGGAAGACUUCGGCCUCAUUUCCUGACCGUGUGUAAACCUGAUAUAAAAAACUGCUCAGCGAUGACGGGAUACAUUGAGACAUCAGUGUGCACUGGUACAGAUCUGGCAGCAAUCCAGGAGGCCAGACUUUCCUUUCCAUCAGGACAUACAUCCAUCACUAUGUACUGUUUUGUGUAUAUGAUGAUUUACCUCCAAGUGAGAUUUAAAUGGAGAAAGUGUUGGUUACUCCGACCAUUCAUCCAAGUCCUGCUGUUCUACAUGGCUUAUUACACUUCUUUGUCACGCAUCUCUGAUUACAUGCAUCACUGGAGCGACGUUCUAGGGGGAGCUGUGGUGGGACUUGUUGUGUGUGCUCUGGUGGUGUUUUGUGUGAGUGACUUAUUCACGGAUGUAACGUGCUGUAAACCUGGGGGUCCUAAUGACAGACCUGACACAGACUUACCCCUCUUUAAAUCUGCUCGCCACGACGACCGCCUCAGUAUGCAGACUUCCUCAGAAUCUACAGUUUCAAACAACAGUUCCCAAAAUAUCAUCGCUGUGUCCUAACUGGAUAACUCCAGGUCACAAUCAUUGUAUGCCUCAUAUGCCUUAUCCAGCAAUGCUUGAUUGAUGUUUAGAUCUUUUUCACAGAAUUUUUAUUGAACUUUUAUCCAAAUCUUAAAAGAGCUUUCUAACUUUUGUUUGUAUAACUUUCUUAACUUGAAAUUCCCCAAAUAUGGAAGGAAGUUUAAACAUUUCGCUUAAAUAUUUUUUUAUAAAUUCUUAGUUUCCAUCGGAAUAGCAUGUGCAGUUAUAAACUUAUGAUUCACUUAACGAUGGAAUAUUUUUAAUCUCUUUUGUUUGUGCUUGCUCUUUUUAAAAAUAUGCAAUUGUUUGCCAAGAUAAUUUUCUGAAAAUAUCCCAGUUUGAAAAAAACCCUUCCCUAAGCCCUAUUAGCAAUACUUUUUAUGAAGUAGCUGUUCUUUGUAUCAAACAUUUUAAAUGAUAUUUAAUAUAAAAAUUAAUUUCAAUAAUUUGAAUGCAAUUGAUCUUAUGCCUUAUCGUUAUUGUAUACAUAUAUGCUUGUAGUUGUGUAUAUUGUAACAUAAAUCCCUCCGAAAUAAUUUUACAUCAUUGAUCAUGAUCAAUUAUACAUUCAAUUUUUAAAUUAUUUUAUUUGAUCAAACAGAUUAAGUGAAGUUAUAUUCUGAGAAUAAAAUUAAAGCGUAAAGAAUAUUGAUAGAAUUAUGCUAUUCCUCAUUAUUUAUUUUCAUUUGAUUGUUAUAGGAUCAAUGAUACUUCCUUGUGAUAAAAAAUUCUGUUUUAAUUGGUGUAACUAUAUAUUGUGUCAUGAAAAAAUGUAUGAAACUUCUUGAAUAUUUCACAAGAGAUGCAUCUUUUUGAAUGUUGAAAAUUGGUAGGUAACUAUAUAUGAUAACAAUUAGAUGUUCAUUAUCCACUCUGUAAACUCAGUAUGUUCAUACGGAGUUUACAGAAAGGACAUUGAACAUCUGUUUUUGAUUAGAUUGUUAACUAUUUUUGGUAUGAUGAUAAUGAGUUAAUUGGCAGAAAAAAAUUGUCAAUAUCUCCGUUAUUACAAUUAUUACAGUGGAAACAAAACAGUGUAAGGUAUUUUAAAUUUAUUUAUUUGAUUUGAGAGUUGUUUUCUUGAAAAGUUCACCUAAAAUUUUUCCCGUGAAUAUUGUAGAUCCUAUAAUUUUUAAAGAAAUAUGUUAUUGCACAUUGUUGUUAUUUACUGUAAUCGUAAUAAUCAUAAAUGAAUAAAUUAAUCAUUUCGAUUAAAUUUAAUCCUCCUACAAUAUCAGUGCUCAUGUAUGUGAUCAGCUUCCCCUGACUUGUAAAAAAGCUUCCUGCUUUGUUAAUGAGCAAGAUAUACGUAAUGGCUACAUUGUACAUAAGCGUUGUAAGCUCUUACCUUAAAGCGACUAUAACUGUAAAAAUUACCGUAAGAAAACUGGGGUUAACAGUGCUUUACAACCCCAAAAUAUAUAUUGACAGAUCAUAUUUAACAUGCAGUAUAGCCUUGUGUAUCGCUAUAUAUCUUAAACCUAUCUCACUAUUUAUAAGAAGGCAUCAUUGUUUCAUGAGUUUAGAAUUUACAGUUAUAGUCGCUUUAAGCCUGCUGACAAAUCGGAGAAUUUUUUAGGAAGAAAGGGAUCGUUGAACUUUGAAGUAAUGCAUCUAUAACUUCUUCUUUCUUGAAAUAAGUUUAAUACUACAAUUCAUGGUUUGAUUGUACGAUCCAUUUAUUACAAGUUCUCUGAAGAAUGCUUUUUGGUGCAAUAUGUGUGGUGUUUUGUAAAUAUUAAAAACAGUAAUUUUUAUACUUGUACAUAUAUAAAUUGUCAGCCAUACAUUUAUAUAUUAUUAGUUGUUGCUAUGCUUACUAUAUUUGGAAACAUGUUACAAAUAUAUAAUUUUUAUACACUGUAAGUUGUUUAUAAAUGCAUAUCAGUUUUUAAUAUUAUUAAUUAUCGGUAAUGAAAAGUAGAAAAUUUAUUUUAUUAAAUCGCAUUUGAUUGAAACCAUUCCAAUGCCAUAUUUGUUUAAGAUGAUUUACCUUGACGUUCUCCCACCAACUUGGAAAUUGCUAAACCAUCAACAUCGUAAACUAUGUAGAGCUGACGUCUCUUCCCGGUAUGAGGGCAGAUCACUUCUCUCUGGUGACACUGGUGACGCUGGUGUGUUGUGAUUGAAGCUUCCUUUUUUUAAUCAAUAUUAUAUAUUAUAUUAUUAUAAUAUAAUAUGUAUAAUUUAUCAAUGAUUCUUGCUGCUAAAUUCCUAGAACUUUUUUUUUAUUUAAUAUUUAUUUAAAAAAAAAAAAAAUUAUUGAUGAAAAUGUCCACAUUUACAUGCAAUUGGAAUUAACAAAAAGCAUUGCUGGGAUUAUUGUAAUCUUUUUUCCCCUUAUGGUAAUUUAAAUCCCAGCAAUUAAUAAAAUUAGUUUUCAUUUUCUAUAUAAAAUGUUUGGGAUAUCUCCUCAUUAUGCACUUGUGAUAAAUAACAAAAUGUGCUAAAAUGUAAUAUAUUUGUAUGUAUAUCAGCAUUAACGGUGUUGUUCUCCAGGGUGAUGUGUCAGAACUACUACUUUUAUUCCUUUGUUAAAUAGUGUUAGUAAUAAAAUGUAAUAGCUAGAUCAGGGUAUUUGUAAGACAUUUCUUUACCCUUUCUCUCAAGUAAAAUUUGAUUGAAAUACUUAGUAUUUUUCAUGAUCCAUCUAGCUAAGUUAAUAAUAUCAAUGUUAACUUGAUAAUUUUUCUGGCCUGAAAUAAUUAUUCUAUUAUUGCACUAUCUUAGUGCCAUCAAUUUGAUAAGUACAAAUGUAUCGUGCUUGGCUACGGCUUCUGUGAAGAAAAUAAUGUUGAUGUACAAUACAUAUAUCCAAGGUGAUAUGAGUGCAUUAUUUUUCAAAAUGCUAAAAAAAAAAGAAGACUUUUGUACAUACAGUAUAUGUAUAACCAACUGUGAUGUUAUUUGGUGAAGAUCAUUUAUAUAUCAACUCAUGUUCACUGUAUAUGUAUAAAAACACUUUUAGAUAACAUUUAAAGCAAAUUACUUGUUAGAAAUUCUGAAGCUGUAAUCCAACUAAACUGAACUAUUUUGCAAUACACAGUAUUAUAAUACAGUGAAACCUGACAUUACCAUCACACUGUGGGACAAAGCCAUUUUGUCAGAUAAUACAGUGGGUCGGUUAAGACAGUGUUGCCAAUGACAGUAGAGUAUACAUGUAGGUCACUGUUCCAAUGCAUAUGGUCGGAAAAGACAGUGUGUCGGUAAAGACAGUGUUGGCAAUGACAGUAAAGUACAGGUCACUGUUUCCGAUGGAUAUGGUCAUGUAAGACAGUGUGUCGGUAAAGACAGUGUUGGCAAUGGCAGUAGAGUAUAUAGGACACCGUUCUGAAGGAUAUGGUCGGAAAGACAGUGUGUCGGUUAAGUCAGGUUUCACUGUAUUUAUAUAUGUAUUUAUAUAUCAUGAUUAACAUUUAAACUAGAAUAAUAUUAUUUCAUACAUAGCUAAUCUGGUAUAAAGCUAAUCCGGUGUAAUUCUAUAUUACAUGAAAAUACAAUUAAAAGGUGAGAAUUAACAUUUGGCGAUUUCUGUCCAGUCAGGGCCUAGAACUCACAUCACCUGCACUAAAUAUAUUUAUACCCAUUAUACAAAUUCCAUAUCUCAAAAUGUUGUGAUGUUUAUCAAAUUAUAUACUAUUGUGAAAAAAAUCAUAAACAUUUUUUAUAUAAGUAUUUAAAUGGUAAUAAUUCGACUUUUUAAUAUAUACUGUUGUGAAAAAAAUCAUGAACAUUUUUAUUAAUUUAAAGAAAACAAUUUGACUGUUAUCAUUGUGUUUUGAUUUCAUUUUGUUUACAGAAGAGUUUCAGGCCCGAUGAAAAGUUCAUUAAGUAAUUUAAAGGGCAAUACAAAAAAUAUUGGCCUUUUUUUUCAAAUAUUUCCGUAUCAUGCCAUGUGCUAAACAAUUUUUCAAUACAUGUAUUUAAAACUUCGAAAAUCUCCUAGGUCAUUAUUUGUUUGAUCUUGUAUUCUGUGUAAGUUUUAAUGUUGCUCAAACAAGGAAAAGGGCGGCUGUCCGCCUGUCCAACCAUGUGUGCAUGCGUACAUCCUUCUGUUUGUAUGUUUUGUCAGAUUGACGACCAAUUUAUGUUUUUGUAAAUUAGUCUUGUAAUUAGAUUUUCCAGAUUGAGUUCGAUUUCGGACACAUUGGACAAUUUUUGUGAGAGUUAUUGCCCUUUGGCAUUUUUAUGCAAUACUUACUUUCUGGUGUUAAGAGUGUUCUUCCAUACACAAUCAUGGUAGUUAAAUUUUGAGUCCAGUCUGCCAAUUUUGUGUGAGUUACUGCCCUUUGACGAGAUUAAUACUGCGGUAUUAUCAAAUGAACACAUUCCAACAAUUUUUGUAGUAGUUAUUGCUCUUCAUCAGUUUUAUGCAAGCUUCACCUGGUUGAGAUUUAGUAUAUUUUCUCUAUUUACAGAAGCUCUUUAAUAUUAUUUUUUAGACAGUGUUCGAUCUUAUGAAAAUUUUGCAAAUUUUUGUAGGAAUAAUUGCCUAUCUGUUUGUAUUACAAUAUGAGAACAGAUUAUAUAUUUUUUUUAAAUUGCAGGGAGGGGGUGGGGAGUCAUUUGGCUACACCAUACCAUAAUUUUAUUCGUGAAGUUUUGCAUUUUCAUUUUACAAACUUUGUCAAACCACUCAGUGUGUAAAUGUCUAACUGGUAUGUCCCUAACAGGGCAAUCCUCUUCUUACUUUAAUUUGGUUUUAAUCAUUUGUGGCCCACAUGAGGGCAAACAGGGCAAAAACUAGAUGGCAAAGAUUUCACUUCUCACAGUACAAUAUUUGAUAACCUAUUAAUUUUACCAGGCAGUUGUCACAAAUUAUUCCCAUAAGAACAAACAGAGACCAAAACUGUACUUCGUGAAAUAAAUGUAUGCAUAAAUGCUUAUGAUGCACUUACAAUCGGUUUUUGACAAUAGUAUCUACACUGUUUUUGAUAUACAAUAGUAAUGUUUUUUGUUAUUGAAAUAUGUUAACUUUUUUUUUUUUUGUUAUCAUUUAUACUGUGUAACUACAAUAUAGAGAUGUAUUCUGCUCAAGCCUCAAUUUGCACAAAUAUCUAAUUUAAAUUGUGUACAUUUUUACAGUGAUAACAGAUUUUGUUUGACACAAACUCAAUGUUGGUGAUGUUUUUUUGCUAUUUAUUUUUGAUUCUACAAAAAAGAAGAAAGAAACGUAAAUUUGUUUAUUGUUAUCCUGAUCUUAAUAUCAGAUCUGGAUUAAGAAACCUGAUAGAAUACACAUUAUGCAUAAUUAUUAUUGUUUAUUGAAUUCCUGUUUUGACAGUUUAUAUUAAGUCUGAAGAAUCGCCAAAAUGCAACGAAAGUACUGAAGGCAUGUUGUCAAGUUUUUUCUUUUUCUUUUCUGAGAGAUUAUACUUAACAACUAUAUACAUUUGUAUAUAGAGGAUAUCUAACAGUGUCUUCAGUAAUACCAAAUAUAUUUCACGAGUGUGGCUAAUAUUUUGAUAUUUUUUUCACGAGUACGUAGCACAAGUGAAAAAUAUCAAAAUAUAUAGGCACACAAGUGAAAUAUAUUUGGUAUUACUGAAGAUACUAUUAGUUAUUCUGUUUAUUACAUAUUAUAGCAAAAUAUGCCAAGGCAACUCAAAAUCUCCCAGAAUUCAUUGUGGUCCUUGUCAAUAGCUCACAAAUGUAGGCUAAAUCGUGACGUUAUAUAUAUUCGAUCCUGCAUUAUGACGUCAUACAUGUAUAACAUAUUUUCACUAGAGAAAAAUAUAACUUUUAUGGAAUGAAUAAUUUUUGAUAUUUCAUUGGUAAAAAUGUAAUAAAAUAAUUAUAUGUAUAUCUUUAUAUUAUAUAAACAAAAAGCAAAAGAAAAAAAAAAGAAAAACUUGACAACACAUCUUUAGAACUUUAGUCACAUCUUGGCAGUUCUUCAGAGUGUUUAUUCGAAGGAUUCAAACAAUAUUUUACUAUAUACAUGUAUAUAUAUAUGCUAUUGACGUAUUGUUAUAGAACUUCUUUCAUGUCGGGGCCAUUACAUCAAAUAGUAUUGAAGACAAUUUGUUUAUAUUUAGAGAGACAAUUUGUUGGUCUAUUAAACAUAUCAUGUACAGAUUUUAUCAUUAAAUAUCAAAUACAUAA